ACUACCGGAAGUGAUCGGGGAUGGCUGGCCACGCCAGUCUUGGGGACCCGCUGUGCUCCGAGCAGUUCGGCUCGCAGGCGGCCCGGGGCUGCUGCGCCGCUGCCGACGGGAGCUUGCAGUGGGAGACCUGGGGGUGGCGCUGGUGGGGGGUCUCCGGGGCUGGUACAGUGAACCCCGAAGGACGAGAUGGGGGUGGAGGGGGAGCUCCUGGGACAGCCUUUCCACCUCUCUCCCGUCUCCUGGCUGUGUUCCUUCCUCAGGGCUUUCCUGAUAGCGUCAGCCCAGACUACCUGCCCUACCAGCUUUGGGAUUCCGUGCAGGCCUUUGCCUCCAGCCUCUCGGGCUCUCUGGCCACCCACGCAGUCUUGCUAGGCAUAGGGGUGGGAAACGCAAAAGCCUCUGUUUCAGCUGCCACGGCCACCUGGAUAGUGAAAGAUUCAACGGGCAUGCUGGGCCGCAUCAUCUUUGCCUGGUGGAAGGGGAGCAAACUGGACUGUAAUGCCAAGCAGUGGAGACUUUUUGCUGACAUCCUCAAUGAUGUAGCCAUGUUCCUGGAGAUUAUGGCUCCCAUAUACCCAGUCUGUUUUACUGUGACCAUCUGCAUCAGCAACCUGGCCAAGUGCGUUGUGAGCGUGGCUGGUGGGGCCACUCGGGCUGCACUGACCAUGCACCAGGCCCGGAGAAACAACAUGGCUGAUGUGUCAGCCAAGGAUAGCAGCCAGGAGACGCUGGUAAACCUGGCAGGGCUCCUGGUCAGCCUCCUGAUGCUUCCCCUCGUGUCAGAUUGCCCUAGCUUCAGCCUCGGUUGUUUCUUCCUCCUCACUGCCCUCCACAUCUAUGCCAACUACCGGGCAGUCCACGCCCUUGUCAUAGAGACCCUGAAUGAAGGCCGGCUCUGGCUAGUCCUGAAGCACUUCCUUCAGAGGGGUGAGGUACUUGACCCCACUUCAGCCAAUCAGAUGGAGCCACUGUGGACAGGUUUCUGGCCAUCUCUGUCUCUGUCCUUGGGAGUCCCCCUACAUCGCUUAAUCUCCAGUGUCUUUGAGCUGCAGCAACUGGUUGAGGGACACCGAGAACCUUACCUCCUUCACUGGGACCAGUCACAAAACCGAGUACAGGUUGUUCUGAGCCAGAUGGCAGGCCCUGAGACCAUCCUAAGGGCUGCCACACAUGGGCUGCUGCUUGGAGCCCUGCGGGAAGAUGGGCCCCUCCCAAGAGAGCUGGAGGAACUGAGGAACCAAGUACGGGCAGGUCCUAAGAAAGAGAGCUGGGUCAUCGUCAAGGAGACACACCAAGUGUUGGACAAGCUAUUCCCAAAGUUCUUGAAAGGACUGCAGGAUGUGGGCUGGAAGACUGAGAAGCACCAGCUAGAGGUGGAUGAGUGGAGGGCUACAUGGUUCUUAUCUCCAGAAAAGAAGGUCUUGUGAACAGCCCACGUGGAGGGCCAGAUCCCAGGUUAAAAGCCUGAAGGGUUGAGGCUGGACCUUCUGCCUCAUCGGCAUCCAGGUCCUCCCGCUCCUCCUUGCUGUGCCGGAGACUGAAAACCAGACGGUGGAGCUGGGGAAAGGUGGGAGCAGGGACUGAGUGGGCGUUCUGUUCCCCCAACCCCACACCCUGGUGUCUCAUCCACACUAGCACUUCCUAGCCUCUCUCUGUCCAGCCUGCACACCUAGCCCAGGCUCAGCUCAAACAUGAUGUAUGGCUGCCUUUUGCUCUCAGGCUAAACCCAAGCUCCUCAGCUGGGUGUUUAAAGCUCUUGGCCCUGCUUUAUCACCCCAGGUCUCCUGUCUGCACCUAAGAUUGUAGUACUUUAGACUCCAGUCUUACAGUCCUGCUAACAGUGUCCUUCAUGUGGAUAUUUGCUCAUAUUUCCUCCUGUUGCCUUUCCCCCCACUUCACCUGUGGAGGCCCGAGCCCAUCCUUCAGAGCUUGGCUCUUUCAUCCGGUCCCCUACCCCCACACCCAGUCAGCUGUGCCUCUAGGCACUUGCCCUGCAGCAGAACAAGACCAAGCCCUCUUGUGUCCCUCUCAGCCACCAAUCAUUUCCUGUGUUUUGAGUCCCAAAGGUCAUGCCAAGGAUGUAGGGGGCUUUACCACUUCCCUCUACAAACUUUUUUCAAGCUACCUCCCCCAAACCACCUAAAUAAAUGUCACUAAAUUAAAAAAAAAAA